AUGCAGAAGGAGGAAAUGCGCUGGCCGAAUGGGGGGAAGAAGAAGAAGGCGGCGGAACAAGUUAGUUGGCCUCCGCAUCCGCCUGACUCUCUCUCUCUCCUCACUCUCUCCCUCUCUCUGUAUGCCACGCUACGCUCGCUCUCUACACCCCACACUCCCAGAGUCAAUUCCGGUUCCAUCAUGAACAAGUUUCGCUUUGGCGACUCCGACGAGUCGGCCUCCGACUUGGACGACGACACCACCGGUCUACCUUUCCCCGAACCGCUCUCGCGCGCGUCAUUUCUCUCUCCCGACUUCGAUCCGGCCAAGUACCUCUCCUCUCUCACCAACCGACACCAGAGUCUGGAAGAUCUCCGACAGGAACUCCGCGAGUUGGACCAAUCGCUCAGUCGGGAGCUGCUAGAUCUGGUCAACGAGAACUAUCAGGACUUCCUGUCUCUCGGGGUUGCACUGCAUGGUGGCGAGGAGAAGGUCGAACAGGUCCGAGUCGGAUUAUUGGCCUUCCAGAGAGACGUGCAAGCCAUUCGGGAUAAGGUGGAGGCCCGGUACCAGGAAGUCCAGCAACUCAUCGAAGAGAAGAAAGGAAUCCGACGGAAUGCGAACAUCGGCCGGGCACUUCUUGAUUUCGCUGAUCGCGUCGAAGAACUUGAGCGGCGACUGAUGAUUGGGGGCGACGCAUCCAACCAUCAAAAGAGCUCUACCGACCAGUUCGACGAGGAUUCCGACCCCGGCCUCUUGGAUAGCGAGAGCGAGGAGGACAGCGAUGACGAAGAACUUCCAAACGGCGCGCAUGCUGCCCCGCUAGUGUCUUUAAAACGACUGGAGCACCAUAUCCAGAAAUACGUCUACCUGACCCGGUUAUCGUCGCGCAUCGGUGACCAACAUCCGUUCCUCCUGAACCAACAACCACGGCUGUCGAAGAUCCGAUCCGCCGUCCUCCUAGACCUGAAGACAGCGCUUGAGCAGGCGAGUCACGCGGGUGAAAAGCGAGAUACGAAAACCCUGGCGGUUUUGCGCCUCUACAAGCUGAUGGGUGAAGAUACCAGUGCGGUCACCGCAUUGAAGAACUUGAAAUUAUAG